UCGAUCCACCUAGCUGCCUUGAUUCCUCAUCUCGAUCUCGUGUGUUUUCGAAGCAACAAAAGAGAAAAGAAGAGAAAAAAUUUAAAUUUAAAGAAAAACUCCUUAAAAAAGAAUAUAAAAAAAUAACGGUGAAUUAGUGCGUGCAAAUUCAUAAAUACACAGUGCUUAAAUUCAACUUAAAUUUUAAGAGUUAAAAAGAAUAAACUAAAUAAACUAUCAUUGUUGAUAUUUUAAACGGAACUUUUUUUUAAAAUUUAAUAAAAUUGAAAGAUUUCUUCUUUGGUUCAUUUUUGAUCUCUUGAUUGGUGGACCUCCAUCGAGGUCGAACCGAUUCUCCAAGAUGCUGCCGCAACGAAGGAUAAUGAUCUGUGCGGUGAUUUUCGGACUGUUCUCUGGCGAAUUGGUGUCCUGUGAUAACAAGGAAAGCAAAAACGUCGCAUUGAACGAGCCCGACUUCGAAACUCCUGAGUACAUAUUACCCUGCAGUAGGUCAGAUCCCAAGAUAGACGUGUGCUUUCAGAAUACGUUGAAUCAUCUGCAGCCAUAUUUGCUGAAGGGUAUCCCUGAAUUGGACUUGCCCCCGAUCGAGCCGUUGAUCAUCCCCGAACUGGGAAUGGAGAACGGCCAAGGUGCUGUCCGCGUCAGGGCACUGUUUUCCAAUAUCACGGUUAUAGGCGCUGGAAAUUACACGUUGACGAAGUCACGAGUCGAUGUGAAAACUUACAGGCUCGACAUUCAUUUAGCAUUCCCGAAGAUCGAACUUCAAGGCCGUUACGAGGUCGUAGGAAACGUGUUGCUCUUCCCCAUUCAGAGCCAUGGCGAAUUUUGGGCGCUUUUCGGUGAUGUCCAGGCGAUCGGCCGUAUCCAGGGUGCGGAGGAGAUCCGCGACGGGGUUCGUUACUUGAAAGUGGCGCGGAUGCUGGUCGAUUUCGGUCUUGGCCGUGCCCGUUUCCGUGUGGUCGAUCAAUUGAACGGGGACAACGUGAUCGGCCAAGCGAUGAACCAGUUCCUCAACCAGAACGCGAAGGAGAUCAUCGAGGAGAUGAGACCGGCGGCGAGCGCCAGUAUCGCGAAACACUUUAAGAAUUUCCUUGGCAAGGCUUUGAACAAGGUUCCGUUGAAAGUUUGGCUUCGCGACACGUAGUUUCUUUCAAGAACCGUCCUCUUUUUCUUUUUCUUUUCUUUUUUUUUUUUAUUUCAUUUUUCUGAAACGAUUUUACACGUGGACGUGAAUGUGGAAUCGAACGUGGAAUCGAUGAGAGUCAAAGGUGAGAUGGAGAAGGAUUCGUGGAGGAACUUUGAUGGACAGGCUGUUUUGAAAUUGUGCACAAUGUGGUUGAAGAAGAAGAAUGAUUAAUUCGGGGAAAUUUAUCGUUUAAGGAUUAUUACGAGUCGAGGUGGUGUUUGAGUGAAGUUGUUUUUGCUUAUUUGAACUUUGGUUGAGAGAUAAUUUUUUCUUCCUUUUUUUUUUUUUUAUUUUCUUUUAAAAGUGAAAGUUUUGUUUCUCCUUAGGAUGAUGAUUUCUAUCCUUCAAUUUUUCUAUAUUCUUUUUUUUUUUCUAAUUUUAUUCUAUUCGUGAUCUUUAUAAUUUUCAGAUACGCCUCUACAUUGUACCAUUUUCUGUUGCAUUUCAAUAACAAAACAAAUGUCUAGUAUCGUUGUAGCUACGUUAUCGUUAAUUUCAAUUGCAGUGCAAUGAUCUUUCGUUUGACAUUUGCAUUAUCGUUGAUGUAUGGCACAUACACCGUGCAUUAAAGAUGCAUCAAUCGCUGACCUAAAAAUGUAUCGUCCAAUUUUGCAAAUUUAUUUCUUGCAACGAGAUUACACGUAUAAUUCUAAUACGAUGCAAUUUAAUUUUAUCUUCUUCUGACAAUUUUUGCAUUUUCCUCUUACAUUUAUCUCGACAAAAUGAUUAUUGUUGUUGUUCAAAUAUUAUACAUCGAAUUUUAAGACAAAUCGUGAAUUUUUAUUUUGAAAGAUGAUAUUUCUCCUUGUCGAAAUGUCAGAUUAAACAACAGGAACGAGAAAGGAAAAAUAAAAAUAUAAUUCUAUCUACGUACUUAAGUAAGUAAAUAAUUUUGUCACGUCUAAAAAUCUUUUCGAAUAACAUGUGAAAAUUCGAGAUAAUACGAUUUUCUGUGUAACAUUGGCUGUCAGGAUUGCGAUAGUUUCUUGUUUACAAAGGUACGUAACGACGAUACACGGUAUUAGUCAUCAUAUUGAAAACAUUUAUAUUUUGUGUUUUCAUUAUGAUAUGAAGUAUUGUAGAUCUAUUGUAGAAAAUAUCAUGCCUUAAAUAUACAUCGUGUAAUAAUAAAAUUUUAAAUCUAGAAUUCAAUUGAGAAUAAAAUAAAAAUGCCAGGAUACAGUUUCGUACAUGUUUUAA